GAGGGAGCUCCAGGGCAGUGCCGGAGCCCAGGGCAGUGCCGGGCAGAGUGUAACUGCUCCUGGAGUAAAGACCUGAAGGGAGGCCUGAUGACAACAAAAGCAAACUCCACUGUGACAGCAGGAUCUGUCGUUGUCCCUUAUGGGCAUGUGAUCGGAAAUGAGAAGUGGAGAGGGUCAGAGGUAGCCCAAAAGCUACAAGGGAAAGUCAGACUCAUCUUUGAAGAUGGCUUGGGACUGGUGGACUUUCAUCUUUCCAACAGAACUUGCAUUUUAUAUAUUUCUGAAGCAGAUUUGGUUGCAGGGGAUGAAUACAAACGAAGAGUGGUGAGGUUUAGAAAUGCCAGCAAUCUCAGGGGACUUGUAAUUGUAGAGAAAACCCAGAUAAGCGGUCAGUACUUCUCAGCAGUACAAAAACUUGUUGUACUCGAACUUGGAAUGGUGUUGCUUCCUGUGGCAAAUCAAGGAGAAGCAGCUCAGCUCAUUGUUCAGCUGGUGCGGGAGCAGAGCCGGGAUCAGAGCUCCAACCCCUUCCUGCGCAAGCAGCGACCUCAGCUGGCGGAGCCAGCGCUGCUCCAGACAGCGCAGCACAUCCCGGGCGUGGGGAAAACGAAAGCUCUGCUCCUGCUGCAGCAUUUCGGCAGCAUCCACCGGCUUUGUAACGCAUCCAUCGGCGAGCUGGAGCGAGUGGUUGGACAAGCGGCAGCGCAGCAAAUUCAUUCCUUUCUCUGUUCCUGACACGCUAUUUUGCAAACAAAGACUUUUUGUAUGUUUUUUUUUCUUGUGAAUAAUAAAAUUUGGGUUUUAA